AUGGAUGAUACCGAUAUUCAAUCAAACGAAACAAUUGUCAAAGACCCCUCAGCAACAAAUGUUUCCUCUGAAAAUUUGACCCCAGAUCAUGAAUCAAGUCAUCCGUCACUUGAUGAUAAUUCUAGUGGUGGCAGUGAACAGGAAAGCCACAAUUUUGAUAAAGAAUAUAAUUUGGGUGAUAUUAGACUUGAGGAUUCCGAAGGGCAAAAUGUCGGACAACAAAAUACUGGUGAAGGAACAUCUAGUCAAGCCGCACGAUUUAUAAAAAAAGGAUUAAAUAAGUUUUUACCUUCUUGGCGUGAAAAGGAUGAUACUUCUGGAUUUGUCAAGAUUAUUUUUCAUGCUCACUUUCCGAGAGAUAUUGAUGAGCGGGGACAUCCUGUAAUAAUGGGAAGUAUUAAAGAACUUGGUAAUUGGACUGAACCAAUUGUUCGACUUCAACAACCAUAUCGUCAUUACGCUAUGGAUAAAGGUACACAUUGGAUAUCGGAUUCUGUCUCAGUACCUAUUGCUUGUUUCGAAGAAGAGGUCAAAUAUCGUUAUGGUAUUUUUAGGAAAGUUGAUAAAAAGAAAGAUGAUUAUGAAUUUUAUUAUGAGAAAAAAGAUUAUCGUAUUCUAAAUAUUAGGGGUGGCAACCAGUUUGAUUUAGUUUAUGAAAUAGAAAUAAGAGGAUCUCCUGAGUUAAGACAAAUCCAUGAGCAUACAUUCUUGAACUUUCUUUUUGAAUCAUUGACAUCUGAUAAUGCUAAAGAAAUUAUCAUGGAAUUUCAGGGUAUCGCAAAUAGGUAUAACUUUUACGUAAGAGAUGGAUUAACUCUUCCCUUUAUUCAUGAGUGUGGCGAUGAAGCAAAAAGGUCAAAGGAAAAGGAAAAACGUAUUUUCCUAUGUGUCCUUUUAGGAUAUUAUAUUAGUUUACGUGUACCCACCGCAUUUGGUAAUGGUUAUUCAUUACCAAAAUUUUUUCAAUCUGGUCUUUUCCUUGAUUGUCUUGAUAAAUAUAAUCCGGAUCGUAUACCGAAUGAUGAUGCAAAAGAUAAGCUAUUGAUAGCCAUUUCUUCUUUGGUCAGAGAUAAUGCUGUUAAAGGUUCAUUUGAUUGGUUCAAAAUUUUUUCAAUAGCUUCAACUUUAGAUCCGGAAUAUUCAUUUAUAGAUUCAUUAAAUGAUAUAAAAUAUCCCGAGGAAAAAAUGCAAAAAUUUAUCAAGCAAUUUCAAAAGGAAGUUGUUUUCUAUAUCAAUAAAAUCGAGGAUCCAAUAAUUUAUGCAAGAAUAAUUAAUUGGUUGUUCCAGAUGUGUUAUAAUAUGGAACCUAUAUUGAAAUUUUGGACGGAAAUAAUUGAUCAUACAACAGAAAGAGAUCAAAUAAUUCGUAAACCUUUUAUUCGUAGAGUUCAAGAAAUUAUUUCCAAUGAUGAUGCAGUUAGUCUUUUAAGAUAUUUUGAAAAAGUUCCUGUUGACCUUCGUGAAGAAGUUUGUGAAGCAUUUAGAAAAAGACUUUUAAGAUUAUUAAAUUUUCCUCAUAUUGAUUGGAGUAAAGAUAAUGUUACAGCUGUAAAAGUAAUUAUGCAAGAUCCUCAAUUUCAAUGGUCAGAAGAUGAGUUCGUGGAAGCAUUAGAAUUAAUUUCCCAAUCACUAAGAUUGAAUUUAUUAAUGGCUUUUCCACAUUUACUUAAAUAUUGGUUUGAAACUUUUGUUGAGAAUCCAUCCGAAAAACUUCCGGAUAUUUGUAGUUUUUGGUAUCAACAACUUUUGGAUCAAUUAAACGAUAAUACUUCAUCAUCAGAAGAUGAUUGGAAAUUUGUCUAUGAAAUAUUUAAUCAUUUGUCACUUAUAUAUCCAAUUAUAGAAAAAAAUGAAAAUAUUUAUGACAAAUUAGUCGAAGUUUCUAUCAAUCGCGCCAAACAAUUUCAUGAAAAUAAAAUAUUAAAAGCCACACCUUAUAUCUUAGAAUUAAAACAACCUAAUAUCAUCAAACAUUUUAUAUCAAUAGUUAAGGAAAUAUUGAAAAACUCAGUCACCCAAGCUGAUGAUGAAUUAUUAAGGAAAGUUAAAUAUAUAUGCGGUAGUAAUUCUAAAGUUCUUGAAGUUUCUCGUAGAUUACAAGAUUUGCAUCCAAUUAAAAACAACGAUAUUUCUUUAAUCGUUUUGUCUUUACUUAAAUCCGCAAACUUUUGGAUUUAUAUUUUGAAUGCAGUUGGAGUUGUUGAAUCUUUGAACGAGCAUUCUUACAUUAUUCAUAUUCGUAAAAUAAUGCAUGAAUUUUACCUUAUCAUUGAUAAUGGAUCUAUCACCUUUGAACAUCUCCGAGAUCUUCUCAAAAAAGAGAAUUCAAUUUUAAUUGAAUUCUUUCGUUCCGCCACCUCGGAUUUUGAUUAUGAACUCAAUUCGGAAUUACUCACCCAAGUUGACCUCGAGAGGUUACGAAAACAACGUGAUAAUCAUGAAUUGAAAUUAGAUCAACUUCGUACUUUUUAUACUCAAUUUUGUCCAGAUACGAAAGUCAAAGAUAUUCAAUUGUAUCUUGACGAUAUUAAUAGUAGGACAAAGGAAUUAAAGAUCAUCACAUUAAAGAAAACUCUGAAAGAUGAUCAUUGGGGAAUUCACAGGAAGAUUGAAGGUGCUGCAAAAAGAGCUUAUAAACUCUCAAAAUCCAAAACAUUUAAAAACAUUUUUGAUUCCCAAAUUCAAGCCGAAGAAGCUGAGUUAACCGUUGAAAGUGUCGCGGAAAAUCUUAUGGUAACCACAUUUGAUAAAUAUGAUGAAUUAUGUAAGAAGUAUAAUGAAUGGGAAAAACUUAAAUGUUCUGAAGGUAGCUUCCUUUGGAAAAAUGUUACCGAUGUUAAGAUGGAAUUAAAUUUGAUGGAAAGUUAUGUGCAAUUAGAAAGAAAUCCAAAAUUAAUCAAUACUCUCAUUUACCUUUCUCAAGUUCCAAAACAAAUUGAAAGACUUCAACAAUUAUCCGAAGUCGCAUUAAUUUUUAAAGUUAAGCAUACAAAGAAUGAUUGGCUAGGAAAUUUAUUAUUAAUUCUUAAGAAUGAUGUGUUGUGGUUGGGAAAAUUAGUUAAUUUCUUUGAAAAAUAUAAUAAACAUCUUUCGAACGUUAACGAUGAUUGUUGGGAAUUAAUUAAAGAAUUAUCUCGGGCUAGUGAUUUUAUUAUAUUUCUUCGAAGUGUGGCUGAACAUGAUAUAAAAAAUUUAAUUAAUGGUGUAGAUGAUUCAGACGAAAGACUAAUUCAAGAAGAUACUGUAUCAUCUCUUAUUCAAGUGAAACAAUUUUUACUUCCAUUACUUAAUAGUUCAAAACAAUUAUCUUUAAAAAGUUUUUUACAUGAAUUACUUGGAAUCAUUGAUUUAAAUCCUUCUUUGGGUAGUAAAAUUGCUCUCUGCAAUAAUAGCAAUAUGGCAUUACAAAAUAUGUAUAACAAUAUUUCAAAUCGAGGUGAAGUGACCAAAGAAAAAAUUGUAAAUGCUGUUAAAGAAGGAACAUAUACAUUUAAAAGGGUUGACAAAAGUGAUAAAAGUUCUUUGAUAUUAACCUACCCAGUAAAUCCAAAACAAUAUAGUUUAAGUGAUUUACAUGAUCUUCGUGGACGAGCUUUAUUAAUUUCGAAACCUGGAGCAGCUAUAGAUUUAGCAAUGGCUACAACAGUAGGUGAAUCUUCAACGGUGAAAGAUGGUUCGAAGAAUAUUAUGGAUGAAUUUGUAACUCAGGUAGAUUUAGCACAAGAAAUAUUAAAUAUUGCUUCUCAAUUGAUUCAAAUGGGACAUUUUGAUUAUCGAAAUUUUGAAAAAGCUGUUAAAGGAACUACGGAAAUGAAAAAUUUAGAACAAAAAUUAAAAGAAGAUCUUUUAGGAUGGGAAGAGAUUGUAAAUAAAGCACAAGAACAACAUUAUUAUUUAACAUUUUUCCCGGCUCGACAUAUUUUGGCAUUUUUCGAUUAUUUUACAUCAGAUGUGAAUACCAAAGAUCCCAAAGAUCAAGAAAAUGAUAUUGAAUGUGAAAUCCUUAUUAAAUUUGUAAAUAGUAAAGCCAAGUUACAAACACGAAAACUUGGAUUUGGAAUACAACGUCAGAACAAAACUUAUUUUGAAAUACUUUGUCAAAUCGGUACAAAAUUACAACGUAUUUUUGAAAAAGUACCUAAACAAAUUCAUUAUAUUAAAUCCCGACAAGGUCGCAUAGCUUCGGAUGUAGUUUUUCGUGGAAAAUUAUUUGUGGCCGCAUGUAAUGAUAAAAAUCUUGUACCAAAUAUUAUAAUGUCAUUAUACGCAAAUCAUGGAUCAUAUCCUCAAGCCUGGCAAUUACUUAUUUGUACAGCAUCCACGACAACGGAAGAAUUAGCAAUCUUUAUUAAACGAUGUUUCUUUGCAGUUAAUAAUGGAUACGAUAAUCAUUUAUUCUGUAUUGCAAAUUUAGAACUUCUUGAUUUCGAAUUACAAUAUAAACUUGUAAAUAAUAUUCGAAAGAUGCGAGAGAUUCAACCAAAUUAUUAUUUAGCACUUAUUUGUUGCCGAGUGGAUGGAAUGCAUCAUCAUAUUUUAGAUCAAUUUAGUCAAGAUGUUCAUGCCACUUCUGGUCUUGGAUUUGAAACCAUGAAAGUGAUGUAUAAAGAAUUAUGUCCAAAUUUAUUAGUUGUAACAUCGGAUUUAUCAGGUCAAGGGAAAACGGAACUUAUUAAACAAGUUAGUUUUGAGAAACGUAAAAUUCUUAGAAGUUUCUUAAUAAGUGAUGAAGUAGAUUUUGGAACACUCGUUCAUCGAUUUAAAGAAUUUAAUAUUCGAUCAAUUGAAAGUUUACAUCUUAAUAUUGUAUCAGCAGAUUUUUGUAUAGAUGUUAACAUGUUUUUAUUUGAAUUAUUGACUUUAGGAAUGGUAUCAAAUAAUAUGGAUAUUGCUUGUUUACCUGAUACUUAUGUAUUUAUUGAAAUUGCAUCUACCGUAAAUCAAACAUUAUUACGUUCUUUACCAAUGGUGGAAAAUCUUUCUAGUAUUCAUUUAACUUGGGAUAUUAAAAAUUUAACUGUAUCACAAGAAAUCAAUAGUCCAAUUCAAGUUGUUUGUCAAUAUUUGGAUGCAUAUGAUAAUUUAACACUUGAUGAGUUUGAUAUCAAUUUAUUACCAACUGCUUCUGAUUUAUUUCCUCAUAUACCAUUAUUACCUUCUAGAUGUCAACACCUUAUUAAAAAAUAUUUAUUUGAUAAGAAUCAAGCCACCGAAAUUCAAUCUUUUAGAUUUGUGGAAAUAUUUAUUAAUGUGCUCGCAGAUCAAUUAGUUCGUUUAUCAUCAAGUUCAUACUUUAAAGUUGAUAAUUUAAAAUUAAUGAUAAAAGAGAAUACGAUUAGAAAUACUUUACUUGAAACUUUACUCUUGGUUUCUACGGAUUUUGCUACCAGAUCGGUUAAAACAAAAGCGGCACAAUUAGAAUCCACAAUAAAAGGUAAUAUAGGUAAUAUGAUUCAACAAGAUGAUUUAAUGGAAGAAAUAGAAGAUGGUAAUGAGAGAUUAGGUAAUAUUGUUCAAUGGGAUGAUUCAAAUCAUUUGUUAGUAUUUUUCUUAUCACAGACACCCGAUUCAAUUUGUGCAUUAUAUCGGGAUAAAACGAAAGUUCCAACAAAUGUCAGAACCUUAUUAAAAAGUCAACACGUUGGUGAUAAGAAUUGGAAAUUAGAUGAUUAUAAUAAGAUGUCAUCAAAAGUUUUAUUAGAAAAAUUAGAAUGUAUAGCUAGAAAAACCAUGCACGAAAUUGAAUAUCCUAGAUAUGCAUUAUCAGCUGAUAAUUUAUUAAAAAUGGCAUUAAUUUUGUUGAGAGCGAGAGCAAAUAUUCCGGUUGUUGUUUGCGGUGAAGCUGGAUUCAUGGAAGUUGAAUUUGAUUCUUUAGAUUUACAUGCUGGAAUUACUGAAAAUGUUAUAUUAAAUUUUAUGACCGAAGCUCAAAAGAAAGCCGAAACAAAAGAAUUAUGGUUAUUCUUUGAUGAAGUUAACACAUGUAAUCAUAUUGGUCUCUUUGCGGAUUUAAUUGCUCACAGAUCACUCCUUGGUAAAGCGAUUCAUUCAAAUAUUCGAUUAUUUGCUGCUUGUAAUCCAUAUCGUAUUCGUACCAGAGCACAAACAGAAGCUGGAAUAAAAGCAUUAAAAAAAGUGAAUAAGAAUUAUGAAGAACAUAGUAAUCUAGUUUAUCAGGUGAAACCACUUCCUGAUCAAAUUCUUGAUUAUGUUUGGGAUUAUGGAGUAUUAAAUCCAACGGAAGAACAAAAAUAUAUUAAAAUUAUGGUUGAAAGUUCAUUAAAAGAUUUAGGUUCAGAUUUGUUAUCAGAAUUAUUAUUUGAAUCACAAAAAUUUAUACGUGCUGUGGAAGAACCUUAUAGUGUUAGUUUAAGGGAUGUCAGGAGAGCAGUUACACUUGUUAAAUUCUUUUGGAAUAGUUUUCAAGAUCGACCACCAAUUCGAAAGGGUGGAACAACAAAACAUUCGAGAUAUCCUUCAUCAGAAUUGGUAAUUUUAAGAGUUCGAUGUUAUAUUUUAGCAAUAGGAUUAUGUUAUCAUUCAAGACUUUAUGAACAAGAGUUAAGAAAAAAAUAUCGUAUAGAAAUGGGACGAAUUUUAACACAUCAUGGAUCAUUUGUUAAAGAAGGGGACUUUAAUAAUAUUAUUCGUCAAGAACAAGAAGAUUAUGUAAAUAGAAUGGAUCCACCACCAAAUACAGCAUUAAAUGAAGCACUUUUGGAAAAUGUAUUAGUUAUGAUAGUUUGCAUUCUUACUAAAAUUCCUGUAUUUAUUGUUGGCGCACCUGGGUCAUCAAAAUCUUUGGCUAUAAGACUUGUGAGUCAAAAUCUUCGUGGUUCAUCCUCAUCAACUUCCGAUGGUAUUCUAAAGGUAUUUCAGAAAGCCAUUAACUAUCAAGAAACAAGUUCCAAAGAAUUUGAAGUGAUCAGUGUUGUUUUACUUGAUGAAGUCGGAUUAGCUGAGACAUCACCCUAUAAUCCAUUAAAAGUACUUCAUUCAUUACUUGAACCGAGUUAUCCAUCAGAUGGUCCAUCAGUUUCAGUGGUUGGCAUUUCAAAUUGGAGAUUAGAUAAUAGUAAAAGUAGUAGAGCUUUAUUAGUUCAAAGACCUAAAUUUGAUCUUAAUGAUUUGGUGGAUACAGCAGAAAGAUUAUUACAAUCAAAGACCAAUACAACUAUAACUAAAGCAUCGUUACAACCUUUAGCUCAAGCCUAUUCGGAAUAUGAACAUAGUCAAACAUUAUCAAAUUUCCAUGGUCUUCGAGAUUAUUAUGCAUUGGUUAAAAGUUUAUCAUUAGGUAAAAUGACACCGGAAAAUAUUCAAAAGGCCUUGGUUCGUAAUUUCGGUGGAACGGAUCAAACCGAGAAAUUAUGUGAAGAAUUCUUUGGAGAAGUAUUAAAGAAUUUUAAUAAUUCACAUAGUUGGACAUACAAACCAAUUCCGGUGGAACGUUUAAUUAAUGCAAAUUUGGAUGAUCAAGGAGCGAGACAUUUGAUGGUUAUUGGAAAAAGUGAUUCCAUCGUAAAUUUAUUAACUUAUCAAUUGAGAAAAAGAAAUUUGGAUCCGGUUGUUAUUUUUGAAGAUCCAAAAUAUUAUACUCGAGUGGCACUUGGAGCUUAUGCUAAUCCUAUGUUAUAUGUCGCAAAAUCAUUUAGAUGUAUUUUAGUGAUGGAUGAAAAUAAACUCCGGAAAGCGGAUCCACCACUUCUCAAUCGAUUCGAAAAACAAAAGAUGACCAUUAAUGAUGCACUUACCGUUCAUCAAAAAAAAAUGGUUUCACAAUUAUUAGAUUGGGCGAAUCAAAUGUCAGAAAAAUCAAAUCUGAGUUAUGAUGAAAAAAUUUAUUGGAAAAAUGUUUACUUUAAAGUUCAACAUCAUGAUAAUUUGGUUGAUUAUUUUGAAUCAUUACUUGGUGAUCCGGAAAUUAUUAAAAAUAAUCCGAAUGGAGUUCAAGUUAUUAUUAAUUCAUUUUCUAAUAUUAAUACAGAUGUGAAAACUUGUUUACAAGAUAUUAUAAGUUGUCAGGUUGAUAAACUUUCAACUUUCAAAACUGAAUCCCAACUUCAAAAUCGUGUCAAACAUUUUUGGUUAGAAUCCGAGAAUCAAAUGUUAAUACUUCAAUGUGAUGUUAACACGGUAAAUUCGGGAUGUAUUAAAUUAGCCAAAUUUAUUAUUGAACAAUUUCGAAAUGAAUUUUUAAUGAAAAAGAAUGAUAAUCAUCAACCAAAACACGCUUGUAUAAUUUUACAUAUUCAUCGAGAACAAGAGAAUACUUUAGCAUCAUUUAAUUUCAUGUGCGGAUGGGAACAAGUAACAAUUGAAACUUUAAUUCAACAAGAGAAACCACUUUCAAUUCUUUUAGAAGGAAGUUUAUGUGAUGUUAUAAAUACCGCUUAUCCAUUUGAAGAAAUUUUAGAACAAGAAUUACUUUGGUGCUUGUUAUAUAAUUGGCAAUUCAAUGUGGCAUCAAAUAAGAAAUUAUUAUAUCCUUAUUCUUCUUUCUCUAUGGCAUUACAAGCAUAUAUUCGAGCAUUUGUUAGAAAACCUAUUGCUAAGAUUCUUUGUGCUCUUGAAAGAUUAUCUAGAAAUUUACUUUCAUUCUGGUAUAAAAUGUUUAAUGAUAAUAAAAUAAUUAACAUUGAAGAUAUUCAAGAACCUUCACCUGAUAAUUAUUUGAUGCCUCCAGGAAUUUAUAACCUUCAAUUUCCUUUCUCUUAUUAUUUUAUGAAUCAAAUUGAUAAUUUUAAAACUCUUUAUAUUGAAGAAAUUUCUUUACUUAAAGAUGAUCCUACCAAUAUGGAUCCAUCCGUUGAUGAUUUAUAUUCUUACUUAAUUAAUGCUCACAUUAAAGAAUUUUCAAAUAAAAUUCUUUCCAUGAUUCCAAUUCUUAAAUCUUCACCUAUUGAUUCUGCUCCCGAAUUAUACUUUAAAGAUUUCGUAUCAGUAAUUGCUUAUAAUGAACCUGGUAAUAAGAAUCCUGAAAUACUUGAAUUCAUAUUUAUUAAAAGACUUGCAUUUGAACAAUUUUUAGUAGAACAAGCAUCACAAUUUAUGUUAGAAAUGAUUAGUGAUAAUUCAAAAGGAACAGAAAUUCAAUCAUUAGAAAUUGAUCAAUGGCAACAUGAAGAUGAUCUUCCAUCUGAUUUCGUUAAAACUGUAUUAGACAUGUUAAUUAAACUUACUCCAAAUGAAAGAAAUUUGACGGCCAGAAGAUCAUUCAUUUUAAAAUGUUUAAAUAUCAUUCCUAUUAGAUCACCCGUUCGAUUGGAACUUUAUAAAGAAUUAUUUUCAAAUUUACCAUUUCCUUUGAUGAAAGCAAUUAUCUUAACAGUUUUCAAGACUGAAGAAAGUAUUAAUAAGAAUACAUUUUUCAAAUUAAUUACUCAACCUAUUGAAACUUUAAAAGAAUCUACUAGACUUAAUAUAAUCAAUAGUUGUUUCAACAUUAAUCAAUUACAUCAACCCAUGGCAGCAUUAUGUUGUGAUAUUAUUCAAUUAGAAUUUUUCUCGAAUCUUGAAUCAUCAUUAUUUAAUGAUGAUGACGGGACAAUCACCGCAGCAUUUUAUUAUAAUCAAGCGAUAAAUGCAUUAUCGGAUGGUUUGGAUAUUCAACCAUUACAAAGGAUUAGUGCGAUCGCAUUUCUCAAAGAAUUCAUUCGAAUUUUAUUAAGUUCACUUGUAAAUAUUGAUGUUGAUGAUGGUACAAAAGAAUUUAGAAAACCUUCACAAGAAUUAUUGGAAUCCCAACUUUAUCGAGAUAUCAAUGGUUCGAUGAAUUAUACAUUCCCAUUAAUUCAUUCAUUAAAAAUUUAUUUCUUACGAGAUUUGAGAAGACGUGAAUUUACGGUUGAUGAAAUAAAACGAUUUUUUGAAGAACAAUCGGAUUUAUUACCAUGGUUCACCAAUUUGAAAUGGGAUGAGAGUGAGCAGAGUAAAUUACCAUUUAAUCCAUUUUGGUCAAUUAAUAAAUAUGAUGAAGUGGAAAAAGCAUAUUUCAAUUAUUAUAAUCUGGAUAAUAAAGGACCACUUAAUCAAAUUAUUCAAAGUUUACGAGAAAAUGAUAAUGAAAAUAAUAUUAUUAAUACUCGAAUCUCAUUAUUUGGAAUGAUCAUCAUGCACUUAUAUUCAGUUCAAGCAUCUCGAGAAUGGAUUGAACCAUAUAAACAAAACGUUUCACGAAUUUUAAUAAAUAAUUAUUUCCUUUAUGAAAUUAAAAAUCCGAAAAUUACGAAUGGAGAAUUAAUCAUGAAAUCAGUUAUUGCUCAUAUUAUUAGUGUUCACUCUUCGCUACCUGAAGAUUUUUCACCUUUAACCAUUUACCUACAUAGAUUACAAGAUUGUAAGAACCAUUUCAUUUUGGCUUGUCAAUCGGAUAUGGAAUCCGUAUUAUUUAAUGCGAUUUCUGCUGCUGUUGCACAAAGCAAAUGUCCUGAAUGUGGAAAAACCAUUGGUGGAACAAAUUAUCAUAUUGCACAAGGAAACACACGUCUUGAUGCACAACCAAUUGCUACAAUCGCUGCUAAAGAUCAACCCGGAUUUAUUACUGAACCUCCUAAUAAUGAUAUCAAAUAUGGGGUUCGAAAUAUGCCUCCAAAAUAUUUUGCGGAACAUAUUCGUAAUGAUUGGAAUGUUCUCAAGAAAAUUUUAAAUAUUUCUGAUGAAAAUUUGGCAAUUUUAAUAUAUUCAAUACUUGAUAUAUUAAUUAAAAAUAAACAAUCAUCCACACAAUCCACCACGAAAUCUACUCAAUUCACCCGAGAUUACGUUUCUCCCUUAAUUAAAAAUGUAAAUGAGACCAUAACCAAUUUUAAAAAUAAAUUGGAUCAAUCAUUAAAAGAUGCUAAAAUUACUGGAAAUAUUUUGGAAGGUGAAAUUAAUCAAACUUUGGCUAUGGAUACUAAAUAUUGUAAUGAAUAUUUACCAAGAUUAUGGAGAACGAUUGGAAAAAUUAAUUUUGCAAGUUUCCGAGCUUUUUAUUUUGGAGAUCACGCUUUAAAUACUGCGAAAUAUCCUCUCAUCGAAGUUUUUGAUAAACAUUUUGAAAAGUUACAUAGAAUCAAAUACCUUUAUCCGAUUGUAAGAUUUGUUCAAAUUUUAUCAUCUCGAUUGGGAUAUCAAUUAACUAGAAAGGAAGCGGAUGAAAAAACUUUCAGAUCAUUCAUUGAGGAAGAAUCAAAUAAUGGAAAAUUACAAGAAACUCACGAAUCUUUAACUUUGGCUUUUAAUGAAUUUGAAAAAGCCUGGAAUAUGAACAUUGAUCAAGUAACCAGAUUCCAAUGUCAUGAUUUACCUGAAGAUAAACCUCAGAUGAAUAUUGAUUGUAAAAUAGUUUUAGGUUUAUUGGAAGGAAGAGAUGAAGGAAUUUAUUUAUGUGCUAUUUUAAUCUAUUUAAUUAAUUUACAAAAUAAUUUCUUACAAGAUGUAAUGAAUAUUUCUGCUGGAAAAUUUUUAAGACCACACAAUUUUAUUAAUUAUGAAUGGGAUGAAUCGAUAUUACAUUAUAGUCAACAUAAUCUUGGUGUCGGUCGAGGUCAAGAUAUAAUUUAUGAUUUAUCCAAAAUUGAAUCAAUACUUGCGAAACAACUUGUAACCGAUAAAAUUCAUAUAGAAGGUGGAGGACCGGAAUUACCUUUAUAUAUGGACACUUUUCCUUAUCAUUUGGAAUUACUUCAAGGAUCUAUGAGAUUUUUAGGAGAGAUCAAAGGAUUAAUACCUCAAGAAUCAAUUCCGAUUGAUAAAAUUACCACAAUCACUGAACUUUUCUCAUUUUUAGAAAUUUUACUUUGUUUCGUGAAGAGAACUUCUGUAGGGGAUGGAGAAAUUUUAAUCAAAGAUUUUGUUAAUAAAUGGAUGAAAUUAUCAAAUUUAAUUGAAAAUAAUGAAUACAAGAAUUUAUUAAAUUUAGAUUUAAAACUUAAACAUUUAAUCGCCUUAUAUGAAUUAAUUGAAGAUCAAGUGGCUAAUGUAACGAUUAAAUAUAUUCCCGAAAAAUAUCGUGAAAAUUUGGAUGAUAAAUUGGAAGAUGAAAUUUCGAGAGUGGUCGAUUUUGAUCAAAAGACUACCACUCAAGAACCCAGGAUCCCCGCGGAAGCAUUUGCCAUCGCUUUAAAAAGAUUUAUGCAAAGAUUUUUAUCGGUCGAUAGUAUUAAAGAAACAAAUCCUAUUUAUGUAUAUCUUGAAGAUACGGGUUUAAAUUUAUGGCCAGAUAAUAUUAAUAAUAUUGAAGAAUUAGUUGGUGAAUUACUUCCUUAUGAUUUGUUGGUACAACAUACUUUUCACGCAUAUCAAUUCACUAUGGACAAAAUUCAAAUGACCAUGAACCAACAAAUAACAGUGAACCGUCAUGGAUCACUUGGUCCAUCAACAUUAAUUAAUAGAAAUAACGUGUCUGGUGGAACAAUAAAAAGAAAUAAUGCGUCUAGAUCAAUAAAAAGAUAUAAUACUUUAAAUAAGGGUAAAGGUCCCGUGAGAUCCUUUGAUAACACUUAA